AUGAAUCGCCUCUUUGGAGCUAAAAGUAAUGCUCCCAAACCCACCCUUGACGGUGCCAUCGCAAAUGUGGACAAUCGUGUUGCGAGCAUAGACGUGAAACUGGCAGCUCUCAACUCAGAACUGUCUACCUAUCAAUCAAAAAUUGCCAAGAUGCGCGAUGGACCAGGCAAAAAUGCCCUCCGGCAAAAGGCGCUUAAGGUGCUGCAGCGACGGAAGCAAUACGAAGCCCAACGGGAUCAGCUAUCCCAGCAAUCAUGGAAUAUGGAACAGGCUGGGAUGAUGCAGGACAACUUGAAGAAUGUGAUGACCACUGUAGACGCAAUGAAGACGACUACCAAGACCCUUAAGAAGCAAUACGGCAAGAUCGAUGUGGACCAGAUUGAGCGGAUGCAAGAUGAGAUGGCCGACUUGAUGGACAUCGGGAACGAGAUCCAGGAAAGUAUAUCGCGUGCGUAUGAUGUUCCUGAAGACGUGGAUGAAGCGGAGCUUGAUGCAGAAUUGGAGGCGCUGGGAGAGGAGACGAUGUUCGAGAACUCGAUGGGUGAAAGUGCAAUGCCUAGUUUCCUUCAGGAUGAGGUGGCGCCACCCCAGUUUAUUGACGAGCCCCCAGAGCAAACUAAGGUCAAGGAGCCUGCCAGCGGUCUAGGGUAA